AAAGUCAGUGGCAGACUGAUUACGAUUCAGAGUAGCGGUGAACUCCGGAUAGAGCAGACCCGCGUAUCCGCGUUUUUCAUCGGCUCUCCUCUUUGACGUGGAUCAUCCCAGUUGCCUAUGAUCCAUCCUUAUUAUUAUCGUUCCAAUCUUUAUUAUUAAUCUCUCUCUUUCUCUCUUUCCUUCCUCCCUUUCUUUGUCUUUUUCGUUCUUCGAUUUCAAAUUCAUCGAAACAGAUCCAUCCCUACAAAAACUACAGAAGAUCUUUGGAAAAUCGAACGAGGUGUAUAUAAGACGCGUAAACGCGAAUACGUCGAGAAAUCACGUUUGAAAGGAAGCAACAGAGCGAAAGAACCCUAAGGCGAACCCACCAGCGAGGAAAACACCACGAGAUCGAUAGUGUUGUGGCAACCACGUUUAAGACCCCCAAGUACUCUGUCGAGAACUUACGUUGGAAACGAUCAAUUUCGAGGGAUCGCUUGUUUUGCGAGGAUAAUUAACGCGAAAAGUAAUGUCGGAAGUUCGAUAGUUCUUAUAUAAACAUAUUUAUUUAAGCAAGAAAUUAAAUAAAAUUGGAAGUACGUAUCAUAAUCUAAUUGUCAUUUGACAUUGUAAUUUUCGACAGUUGCAACGGGGUGUCUUUAAGAAACACGUGCAACGUAUGCAUUCAGUGUUAUUCAGGGGGAGGGGGAGGUGUGUAAAGAAACGAAUCGAGAAGCGCGUAUGCCGUACUGUAUACGGGCGAGUAAGUCACAGUGACCAAUUCUGUUGCGGGAAUCUAGCUUGACGAAGGAGUACGAGUUGGAUCGAAAGCAGCUUCGUUAAAAAUAUGACGAGAUGGAUCGAAUUUAUUUUACAACAGCGAAGAGCCGAUGUUCACCUGAUAUUGAUAGCGCUCCUCGUUUUGCACGCAAAUACGGAAGCGGCACCGACCAAUGUAGUCAUCAGCGACACCACUGCCGCGAAUUAUCUGGCACAAUACGGAUAUUUACCACCAAUAAAUCCGGAAAAUGGUGCUUUUUUAAGCGAAGAGAAAUUGACGGCAGCAAUAGAAGAGUUCCAAGCGUUUGCCGGUCUUAAUAUAACAGGUGAAUUGAAUGAAGAGACUGCUAAGCUUAUGGCUACACCAAGAUGCGGUGUUAAAGAUAAAGUUGGACCAGCCGCCGAUGGAAGAUCGAAAAGAUACGCUCUUCAAGGGUCCAGAUGGCGUACGAAGAAUCUGACGUACAAAAUUAGCAAGUAUCCCACUGAACUGAACAAACAAGAAGUGGAAAAAGAAAUCGCAAAUGCGUUUGGCGUUUGGUCAAGUGCAACUGAUCUGACAUUUACCCGCAAAACAGGACAUGAAAAUGUUCACAUUGAAAUCAGAUUCGAGGUAGGUGAGCAUGGCGACGGUGAUCCUUUUGAUGGACCCGGCGGCACUUUGGCACACGCGUACUUUCCCGUAUACGGUGGCGAUGCUCAUUUUGACAAUUCCGAACGAUGGACCAUUAGAAAUUAUCGCGGUACCAAUCUCUUUCAAGUCGCGGCUCAUGAAUUCGGGCAUUCGCUCGGCUUAAGUCAUAGCGAUGUCAAGAGUGCUCUGAUGGCACCUUUUUACCGCGGCUACGACCCACACUUUACUCUAAAUCAAGACGACAUCAGCGCGAUUCAGGCUCUAUAUGGAACGAAAACCAAUUCGCGAAGACCGCGACCUUCGCCGCCUGCCGAAGAAGAUCCAGAAUUGUGUAAAGAUCCUAAGGUUGACGCAAUGUUUAACACGAAAGACGGCGAGAUAAUUGCAUUCAAAGGAAAAUAUUACUGGAAAUUAACGGACAAUGGUGUGGCUAGUGGCUAUCCUAGACGUAUUAGUAGCACGUGGAAGGAGCUUCCGUCAAGUAUAGAUGCUGCAUUUACAUACAGGAAUGGCAAGACUUAUUUCUUCAAGGGUACGCAAUAUUGGAGAUAUAUUAAUACAACUAUGGACGGUGACUAUCCAAAAGAAAUUAGCGAUGGUUUUACCGGAAUUCCGGAUAACAUCGAUGCAGCUACUGUCUGGACUGGAAAUGGCAAGAUUUACUUUUACAAGGGUACGAAAUUCUGGCGUUUCGACCCGGCGUCGAAGCCACCAGUAAGAAGUAACUAUCCUAAACUCAUUCAAAAUUGGGAAGGCAUACCGAAUCACAUCAACGCGGCGGUAACCUACAAAGGUUACACAUACUUUUUCCAAGAUAACGCUUAUUAUCGAUUCAAUGAUCGGAUGUUCAAGGUGGACGACGCUGAUCCCGCCUUUCCAAGAUCAACAGCGUACUGGUGGUUCGGGUGCAAAUCCGCUAACAGAGGAACACUAGGUAAUGAUCAUUGGCCAUUCGCAUUUACCAGUAAUCUGGACGUGGCCGAUACUGAUACACACGACGAUUACGGUAGUCUUGACAGCGUUGGCGACAUCAUUCUAGACGCAGGAGGAACCGACGAACUCGUCACAUCAUCGAAUCACGAUCAUGGAAACUCUGGGGCAUCCACGAAGUUUCUACAUCCACUGGAAAGGACGCGGCAGCUUCUGCUGAUUAGCAUCGUGACGGUGAUCAUCGCGAGGUUUGUAGUGGCUACGUAAAGGCAGCGUUGAUGAUAUUGAAACUCGAUCUAAUAAUCGGUAUAUCGAGGCUGAUGCGACCAAUGCGACCAAUCGAUACCACAAUAUUUUUUCCCAUUUUAAAAAAUGGUGAAUAUCGCUCCAAAUUGCCGAUCCUGCCGAUUGUUGACGCGGUGCGCUCUCAGGAACUUGCGCUCCCUUUGUAAAUUAAGUAGAUAGCUAGAAAAUUACGACAUAUUUCUGCCAUGAUUAACCUAUUGAGAAUUGCAUCGCUGCGCAACAUUAUUAAUAGAUAAUGCGGCUGUAUAGCAUAUGUAUUUCAAUUUACACAUAUUUUAGAAAUGCAAGCCCGCGCACGUGAUAAUGUGUGCAUUCGUGUGUGUAUGUGCGCGCGCGCACGCAUACACACAUACUAUUAUACUAUCUUGAAUGAUGUUUCACGCGCAGUAAUGUAACAUAUAGAACGUUCUACACUGCCUAUUUAUUCGCGUGUCCAUCAUUUAUAAAGACUUUGCAGCACUUAUUGGUUCGAUUUGAUCGCAAAGUGCUUAAAAAAUAAUUAAGAUAUUGCAACAUGACAACUUAUAAUUAAUAAUCGGAUUUUUCUUUACUGACAAUAUUGUAAAAAAUUCUUGUUAAUCAAUGAAAGUGUUAUGUGAAUAUUAUAGAAUCUUCUACUUGUGUAAUGUAAGUGCUAAAAUAUUUUUUGUAACACUAAACAAUUAUAGCUCUUGUAUUAUUUUUAUUCGAUAUCUAAUCUAAUUUACACGCGCGCAAUUCAUUUAUACAUAUGUAUAUAAAUAUAAUAUCCGUAUCAUCGUUGCUGCAACUAUGGUAAAGUGACUGUAAUCUACGCGCAAGUGCCUUCCAAAGUAUUUUUGUAAUUUAUACAAUUCCCUGAAAAGGAUUGUAAAUGCUAGAUCAAUUUAAGCGCAAUUUUUUUUUCUAUGCGUACGUCAUUUCAAACCAAGCGUUUUUGUUUCUAUCAUGCGAUGUUAUGCAUGUUGAAGAGAAUUCUUAUUUUCAUUAUUAACGUAAGCGCACACUUAUACAUAUACCCCGAUAGGAAAAGAUUUAUAAAAUUGUAUGACAAAAUAUUAUAAAAGAUUUUAUAAUCUGUCAUUAUGAGGGGAUAGUUGAGAAAAUAGAUGUAGAAACAUUAACCUUUUAUAAAAUAUUAAUGUUUGGCAAUUAAAUUUUGAAAUAUGUUGGCAUAACAAUAGCGAUAUGGCGAAUCAUUUUAACAGCACAUUUGCAAAAUUAAAUUUAGAAAUAAAUUGUGCAAUAAUCGAGAAAAAUAUUUCAGUCAUAACAUGUUUAAAACAUUAAGAAAUAUAAUUGUGCAUAAGACUCACAUUAUUCCCCAAUUAUUCCUAAAUUAUGAUGCACAACUAUUAAAACACGGAAAUGUGUAAUAUUGCAUGUUUCAAUAUUUGUGCAUUAUAAUGUAGGAAUAAUUUAAGAGUUUCUUAAACGGACGAACUAUUCUGUCAGACAAAGUGCUUCUUUUAAUCUUUAUUAAAUGUCUAGUGAACAAGCGAUAUUUGUUAAACUCAUUGUAAUACCUUUGAUAUUAAUUUUGAAUUAAAUAUUGAAGUUAAAUGCUGUAAAUAUUGCACAUUAUUAUUGCUGCAUUAUAUUGUGAAUAUAUUAAAGGAUUAUGUGAUAAUUUUAAAUGCUGAAAUAAUCGCAAAAUAUUUGUUUUAAUAUUUGUCUAAUUUUUAACAAAUAUUAUUUAAGAAUUAUAUUCUGACAAAACUGUUGCGUUUUGGCAAAUUAUCUUGGCACAAUCUUUAAUGCCAUUAUUGUGCAAUGUUUGCAAAAUCUUAUCGGGGUAUAUGCAGAAUAUCCAAAAAGUAUUUUAAAAAACUACAAAUUGUCAGAUCUCUGACAUUAAUGGUGCUGUAUAUAUAAGAGUUUACAUAUCUAUACAGUUCUUAUGUGUAUAUUAAGUGCCUUUUCCUUUCCUAGGUUUUACAUAAUAAAAGUGCACUUUAAGAUGUGUUUAGUAAAAACAUGUAUAAUCAUCCAUUUGACAGAAAAGGAAGCUACAGCAAGAAGCAAUUACACGUCAAAAUUUUUAUUGUUUAGUAGUGAUAGAUGUUAAAAUAGCAAUAUUUAUGGGACAUUUCCUACAUUCUUACAUUUUAAAAAGUAUUUUAAUGUCUAAGGCCGGUACUCACAGUUCUUACAUUAUAUUCUAGAUUAUUUUAAGUUUAUCUUUAGAUUUUGUAUGGAUUAUUUUAUUGAUUACAGAGUAUCUGAAGAUAAACUUAAGACGAUCUUAUAUUUAAGAGUAGGAAUAUCGGCCUAAUACUGCGAAUGUUUAAUCAGUACUUAAUUGUUAAAGAUUAUACUUAGCCUUAUUAACAGAGUACAAGAAGAAAGGCUUUACAAUUUUUAUUAAUACUAAAUAAAAAAAUUUUUAUGCAAUACAAAAUUAAUUUUUUAUUACACAAUAUUGUUUUAAGUUAGUUAAAUGGUCAACUUUUAAGACAGCUAAAACGUUAUUAUACAAAACAUAUUUAAUUGCGCAACGCCUUUCUUUGUGUUACUACUGACAUUAGGGUAUUAAUAAUUCAUAUUGAAACUUGCCACGCUAUUAUGUCGUGCCUUAAAUAAAAUCUCGAUUGUAUAUUUUUCAUCGUCAUAAAAAUAUUAUUAAUAAAUAUACAUAAAUUUA